CUCUCGGAGUAGUUAAGCUAUCCUUUUUCAACACCAUUGAAGGCUGUUGACUGAACAGUUAAGGAGAUUCCCCAGAUCUACAGUGAAAGGCCUUUUAGCUAUUCUCGGCCUCGAUUCUUCUUCUUCUUCUUCUUCAGAGGGCGCUCCUUUGGCGGGUGGUGGCUUUGCUUGGAUCACAAAGGCUUGACUUAUUGAUGGGCCGCUUUUUGUUAACGCUAUGAGCUCAAUUGUAAAUUUUGAUGCCUUAGUUUCAACAACUGCACGUUGGUGACCUGAUUUUGAUCUUCUGGCCCAAUAAAACUGGAGCAUACUGGCCUUAUUGGAUACUCUACGUACCUUUGUUCUGUUAAAAGUAUCAUCUGGAUGUAAAAAUGCAGCAAAAGAUAUAUUUUUGAGAUAGCUGAGAUGCAUAUGCUGAAGCGCCAAACCAAGAUUUAGGAGCCUUAUGAUGUCCAUAUAUCCUUAGACACGACUCUUAUGUAAAUUUUAGAAGUUUUUCAUGGUUUCUGAGAUGGAGGGUGAUCAUUUUGAAGAGAUGGACAUCGAAGUCCUCCCUUCGAUGUGGCCGGAAGAUAUUGGAACUGAUGCCGGAAAGCAGUUCAAUGUAGAAAAGCCCAAAGGGGAUCAAGAUAUGCUGGAGGAAGUAACAAUCAUAGAGGAGCCAACAAUUGUUGAUUUCAAGCGACUUUUAGAGCUAACAGAUUACACUGAAAGGGGUUCUUCUCAGUUGGCUCACCUUGUUAAACACUGGGAGUAUAAGCAGGCAAAUGCUGUUCGCCUUCUCAGAGAAGAACUUGACAAUCUAAACAAACAACGGGAAGACGUUGAGCUAAGAAAAUUGGAGAUAUUGGAGGAGCAUCGAUUCGAGGAAGAAAGAUAUGGCGGAGAUAAACGUCCAAUAUCUAUAUUGGAUGAAGUUUAUGAUAUAUGGCUAGAAGUGCCUCGGAGGAGAAAUGAUGUUGUUGUCCAGAAUAAGAGAGUUGAAAUAGAUGCUGAGUAUGAUACUGUUGUCUACUGGAAGCUGCGGGCCAUGAAUUUAGAGAAAUUGCUAGAGGCAAGUGUUCAGAGAGAGCAGAUACUCACGGACAAGUUACAAGAAAGCAUAACAAAUCUUGAAAGGCAGUCCUCACCUGUGGAAGAACUGUCCCAGAUUCUGAAUAGAGCAGAUAAUUUCUUGCAUUUUGUUCUUCAAAAUGCCCCCGUUGUCAUUGGUCAUCAGGACAAAGAGUUGCGAUAUCGCUUUAUCUAUAAUCACUUUCCAAGUUUGCAUGAGGAGGACAUUAUAGGCAAAACAGAUGUUGAAAUCUUUACUGGAUCUGGUGUUAAAGAAUCUCAAGAAUUCAAGAGAGAAGUUCUGGAAAAGGGAUUACCAGCAAAGAGGGAAAUCACGUUUGAGACAGAAUUAUUUGGAUCAAAGACAUUUCUGAUAUUCGUAGAACCUGUCUUUAGCAAGUCAGGGGAGACAAUUGGUAUAAACUAUAUGGGAAUGGAUGUAACUGAUCAGGUAAAUUUUGUUCUGAUAAUUGUGGUCACUCUUUUGAUUCUCACAUUAGGCAUAAAUAGCAACUUAUUUAUGCUCCUGAUUGUAUAUACAAUAAAGGUAAGAAAACGAGAGAGGAUGGCACAGCUUAGAGAGGAAAUAGCUGUACAGAAGGCUAAGGAAACAGAACUGAACAAAACAAUUCAUAUAACAGAGGAGACAAUGCGAGCAAAACAAAUGCUUGCUACAAUGUCUCACGAGAUAAGAUCUCCUCUAACUGGAGUUGUUAGCAUGGCUGAGAUUCUUGCCACCUCAAAGCUUGAUAGGGAGCAACGACAAUUGUUGGAUGUCAUGCUAUCUUCUGGAGAUUUGGUCCUUCAACUUAUAAAUGACAUCCUUGACCUUUCCAAGGUUGAGUCAGGAGUUAUGAAGUUGGAAGCUACAAAGUUUCGGCCUAGAGAGGUUGUAAAACAUGUACUACAAACUGCUGCUGCAUCAUUACAGAAAAUCUUGACCUUGGAAGGACAUAUAGCGGAUGAUGUUCCUAUAGAGGUCAUUGGAGAUGUUCUGAGAAUUCGACAAAUUCUCACCAACUUGGUCAGCAAUGCUAUCAAGUUUACUCAUGAAGGAAAGGUUGGGAUAAAUCUUUUUGUGGUAUCAGAUUCGUCUUCUGGAAAGGGAGAAGGAUGUCCUCAAAAGUUUACUGCAACUGAGUCGAGAGUUUCAGCAAAUGGACAAAAAGAAGAGAGACAUCAAUCAACAUCUCAAACCAGCAGUGAUGGGCAAGGUAAUCAUGGUCAAAGACACAUUGAAAGUCCUUGCCAAAAUCUCUCAUUAAAUGAUGAAUCUAGAACCUCAGUUAAGAGUCAAGUCUCAGUGGAUGGAGAUGAAGAGGAGAAAGAUAAUUCUCCUGAAACGACAGUGUGGAUACGUUGUGAUGUAUAUGACACAGGAAUUGGAAUACCAGAAAAUGCUUUACCUACACUUUUCAAGAAGUACAUGCAAGUUAGUGCGGAUCACGCUCGAAAAUAUGGUGGCACUGGACUAGGACUAGCAAUAUGCAAACAGCUGGUUGAGCUGAUGGGAGGUAGUCUCACUGUGUCUAGCCAAGAACACUGUGGGUCUACAUUUACUUUUGUACUACCUUACAAGGUUUCAACAACAUUUGAUCAUUCUGAUGACCCUGAUGAGCUUUCAGAUAUGGCUAAUCAUGAUGCAGUAAAUCAUGAUACAAUUGAGAACUUUUUCCAGUUUCAGCCACGCACUUUGGGAUCACUAUUCUCUUCUAAUGGGGACACCAACAACCAAAUGCUUUUACCACAUACUAUGGGGUAUACUAGGUCACAUAAACUCAAUGGGUUCUCCCACAAUUCUUACUCAUUUCCCUCUAAUAAACUCAGACCAAACGACACAGCUUCAGUUGAGGAUACCGGUUCAGUGGUUGAUGAUGCAGAGACACUAUGUGAACCAGAGAGUUCAUCAAGCCAAAGGCCAAGCAAACAGUGUCGAGAUGAUACAAAAUAUAGGUCUCAAAAUCCUAUUGCAGAUUCCACUGAUCACACAGGAGCAAGCAUAGAAGUGCCUGAGGUGAAAAGGACAAAAGAACCCCAAGGAACAUCUCAGAGGCAAGAGAAAUCUCAAAAAAGUUCUCAGUCCAUUUCCAGCAGCUGUAUGGAAGUACCCAAGUCAACAUUAAAACCUAAGAUCCUUCUUGUUGAAGAUAACAAGACCAUCGUAAUGGUGACACGGUCGAUGAUGAAGCUGUUAGGUCAUGCUAUUGAUGUUGUAAAUAAUGGUGUUGAAGCUGUGUGUGCAGUUCAACGUUGUAGCUAUGAUCUCAUUCUGAUGGAUGUCUGCAUGCCAGUUAUGGAUGGCCUUCAAGCUACGAGACUAAUUCGUUCUUUUGAGGAAACUGGCAAUUGGGAUGCUGCAGUGAAGGCAGGAAUUGAACAAAUAGUGCCUUGUUUGAACUCAUCGCAAAAUUGUCUUGGUUCUACAAAGAAGAUCCCCAUCAUAGCGAUGACAGCAAAUGCAUUGGCAGAGAGUGCAGACGAGUGUUUGGCAAAUGGAAUGGACUCAUUCGUGUCAAAGCCUGUAACCUUACAAAAAUUGAAAGAGUGUCUGGCAAAAUAUCUUUGAGAAAAUCUCUUGUAAAUUAAUGCUUGUACAUAAAAAUGAUAGCGUGUUAGGAAUUUUGUA